AUGUCUCUUUUACGGUCGGCCGUUUGCAGAGCCUGUAGAAGAACCCAAUUUAGAGCUCAGCGUGGCUUUGCCACCGCCAGUUCCUCAGCUCGCGACAACAGGGUCAAGCUCGUCGAGGUCGGACCCCGAGAUGGUCUCCAGAACGAGAAGAAGACGAUUCCACUGGCCACCAAGAUUGAGCUAAUCGAGAGGCUGGCACGGACUGGUCUGGAUACUAUUGAAGCUGGUUCUUUUGUGUCUCCCAAAUGGGUUCCUCAGAUGGCCAACUCCAGCGACAUUCUCGAGCACCUGCUGCAGCAAAAGAUUCAAUCACCCGUUCCGAUUUCAUAUGCUUUUUUGGCGCCCAACACCAAGGGCCUACAGAACGCUGCCGCCCUGCUCAAGCAGCACCAGGGCGCGUUCACGACGCAGGCGGACCCUGCAGUGCCGGGCGACAGGACGCCCAAGCCGGGCGUAGAGAUUGCCGUCUUCGCCGCGGCCACGGAGAGCUUCACGCAAAAGAAUCUCAACUGCGACAUUCAGAUGUCGCUAGAGCGGUUCAAGGCGGUGAUUCAGGACAGCAAGGCGCUAGGCUUGCGGGUGCGCGCGUACGUGUCGGUGGUGCUAGGGUGCCCGUUUGAGGGCUUCGACGUAGACCCACGCAAGGUGGCGGAGAUUGCGACAGAUCUGCUCGAGUCGGGCGCCGACGAGAUUUCGCUGGGCGACACGACCGGCAUGGGGACGGCGCCGCGGACGAGCAAUCUACUCAAGUGCAUGGCGGCAGCGGGCAUCCGCACCGAGGACGUGGCGAUGCACUUUCACGACACGUACGGUCAGGCGCUGGUCAACACGGCCGUGUCGCUGGAGCAUGGAGUCCGCAUCUUUGACAGCAGCGUCGGCGGGCUCGGCGGCUGCCCGUACAGCCCCGGCGCGACGGGCAACGUGGCGACGGAGAACAUGGUGUACUUUAUGGAGACGCUAGGAAUGGACACGGGGGUUGAUCUGGACGCGGUGGCGGACAUUGGUGCAUGGAUUACGGGCGAGCUGGGCAAGGCGAAUGAUUCGAGCGUGGGCAAGGCUGUGCUGGGCGCGCGCGUGAGGCAGGCGGCGAGUGCGGCCAAGGGGGAGUAG